CUUCUAAAAAAAAUUUAAUUUCAUAGUAUGGACGAAAACCACAAAGUCCUUCAAAGUUAUUUAAAGCGAUAGCCAUUUCUGGUUUAUGAUUAGGAUCAGGAUAUAAUUCAGGAUAUUUCUCAUGUAAUUUUUCAGCAUGAUCCUGAAUGAAUUCAAAAUAAUAUUAUUGGUAUUAUCAUAAUGAAACCAGAAACAGUAUUUAUUUACCUUAGAUGGAUGCACUUGGAUAGACAGAGCUGAAUUUACAGAUAACACCUUCAUUAAAAAUGGUAAUUUAUUACCAAAUUUCAAUAUAGAUGCUUCACCUAGCACUUCUUCAUUGUUCUUAAUCCAGUCACUUAACUUUUGUCCAGAGCUUCUGACUAAUGAAGGGCUUUUACUAUGAGCACCCAUCCACAAUUCAGCAUAAUAUUGUUUUUCAUCUAUAGAAUCUAUAUGUUUGCCAGCCAAACUUAAUCGACUAACUUCACUACCAAAUCCUUUUUUUCCCCAUAAAUAAUUUUGAAUAGAACAUUUUAGCUCAAAAACUUCAAUCAUGCUUGGAAUAUUUUAUAAAACUAAAAUAAAAAUAACAAUUAUUCUUUAUUAUUAAAUUUUAAUAUUGAUUUGUAUCGUAAUAUUAAACUACCUCAACAAGGAAAAAAUAAGUCACGAAAAAGUUCAAAGUUCUAAGUAUGUCAUGUUAAAUGAAACUAAGCCAUAGAUAAGUUUGUUUUUAUUAUUAAAUCAAUACCUAAAAGACAAUAUUAUAUGUCAACCAAUGUUCAAGUAUAAAUAUUGAAUCAUGGCGCCAAACAAGAACACGUCAGCUGUGACGUUAUGCAAUAUUCUCUAAUACCUACAAUGUUUAAAUUUCAAUAAAUCAUAAUAUUUUUUUAUUAUUUAAUAAACAAAAUAUUUAAUUAUAUUUAAUUACUUCAAUGUUAUUCUGAAGGUCAACUGUUUAUAUUUUAUAAAGUCUGAUAACAGUAUUAUCAGAGAAUAUAUAGGAUACUAAAAUGAUAAAAUUGUAUUAUUCAACUUGAUAUUAUUUUAUAGUUUAUAAACAAUUUAAAAUUUACAUGAAUAUUAAUUUUUGAAAUUUUGAAUUAUUUGAUUAGUAGAUAUGUCAUUACUAACAUCUGAAUGGGUUCCAUAUAGAACUGAAAAUUAUUUCAGGUAUAAAUUACAUUUCAAUAUUAUUGUAGUUACUAGUAGUUAUACAAAUAUCUUUGGAUUGAAUAUCUUAGUCAUUAUAUUAUGUAUACAAAUUAUAAUGAAACAAUUCUAAUUUAACCAAUACUAAAAAAAAUUGAACUUUGAUAACGAUGGUACAAUCAUAACUUAACAGAAAUAUUUAGUUCUAAAGCUAUAGUAAUUCGAAUUUCGCCAGUGUACAGGUGUGAAUACCACUUGUUAGGUAUACCAGUUACACUCAUCAUAUCCAAUGCUGCUGUGUACUCUUUAUUCUAUUUAAUAUAGACAUACAGAACUGCAGUGUAGAUCCAAACCUGAUUCUGUUCUAAGGAAUUUAAUGAUCUAAGUAUAAACCUAAACACCUCCACAAAAGACCGGGUUUUCAGAAAUCUCCAUUCACACAUAAAAUUUAAAAAUAAAAAAUAGUGUUUAUAAAAUUACAUUUAGGUUUAACAAUUUGUAUUUAAUAAUACAGAUAUUUAAUUUUAACUAUUUUCACAAGAAUUAACUACUAGUAUUAAAAAUGAUUGCCAUCUCUAGUGUCCCACUAAUAUUAAUAAAAUAUUUUUGACAAAUUCUAAUUGUGCCAUUUUCUUAAGUAAUAAAAUAUUCAAAUCCAUGAGAGUUAGGCUGUCUACACACAAAGCUAUUUAUUUGAAACUAAUUACUGACGCAAAUCACUAACCUACUAAGUCUAAUUUGAGUCACAACAUAUGUUAUUCAAUGAAACCCAACAGGCGGCACUACUGGUUACUAAUUAGUUACUAUAACGCGUUAGUGGUCAGUUCCAAGUGAUUCAACUGUCAGGUCACUUCCAAGUUGUGUCACGUACUCUCGUAGAACUGUGUGAAUUUUUAAAAUCUUAUUUUUCUUAUUUUUUUCUACUAAGAAAUAUAAAAAGAUGAACCAACAAAAAACUAACAAAAAGUGGUUAGAAGAAAUAGAAAAACAUCCUAUUCUAUACAACUUUACUAAAAAAAUUGUUCAAUACAUGGAUGAACCCAAAUCUUUUUUUUCUAUUUAUUUAGUUAUGGUAAUAGUAAUAUGCAGGUUCUACUUCCAUAAUGAAACAGUCAACAGAAAUACUAGUGAUUUCAAUCACUUUUCAGUAGACUCAAUCAGCAAUACAUUAGUAAUCGAUAAGUAAUUUAUAUCACGAACCAGUUUAGUUUUUUUUAAGUAUCUCCAUGUGUAGACAGCCUAGUUAAACUAUAAUUAUAUCUGAAUUUAAAUUAUCUGCUUUAUUAUGUUUUUUAAUUUGUUUUACACUCCUAAAUUAUUACAGAAAACUUGAAAUAUAUUCUAAUAUGUAUUGGAGUAAUGAAAUAGACAUAAGUACAUCUGUUGUUAUUGCGGCAUCUUGUGGAGGACCAGUUAUUGUUAUAAGAGAUCGAACCAAAUUGGUAUCUGCGAAAACCGUUGGAAAACCAAUAAUUUCUGUUUAUACAUCAUCUGGGAAAAUUAUUUCGUCUUUUGUGGUAUAUUGUGUUAUAGUUUUCAUUUUUUUUUUUUUAAAUUUAAAUGAUACUAAUUUAAAUUAGAUUAUAUAAUAAGCACAAAGUGCUCUAGUUAUUUUGUAUUAGGAAACUAUUUAUGUUUUGUAAUUAUUUUUGUCUUUAAGUGGAGUUCAGGUCAUUUAAUAAACUUAGGAUGGUCAAACAACGAAGACAUAUUAUGCUGCCAAGACAAUGGUUUGGUUUUGGUUUAUGAUUUAUUUGGGAAUUAUCAACAUACAUUCAGUAUGGUUAAGGUGAUUGAACAAAAUAUCUGAUUGAUAAUUUGUUUGUAUUAUUUAUAAUUUUGUAUUUUGAUUAUUUUAUACAUUCAUUUUAGGAUAAACAGGAUGUAAAAUUAUUGGAUGCAAGAAUUACAAGUAACUUUACAAGAACCAUAGUUGCUGUAUUAACGGAACUGUACAAUAUUUAUAUAAUGAACGAUAUUACCAAAGUAAAAGUACACAUUUUACCUAAUAUUCCGGGUAUUUACUAUUUUACAUUUAUAAAUAUUUUUAUAUUAAUAGUAGUUCAUUUUUAAAUUACAAUUUAUGAUUCAAUUUUUACUUAACAGAUUUAAAUAGUUUACCAAAUGUAUGGGAAAUAAUAUUAUUAGAAAGACAAACAAGUGUGUUGGUUUCAACACAGCAUUCUUUAUAUUCUGUUUCACAUGCCGAGUGCAAACAACAAGUAUGUUGUUAUUGUGAUAACAUAAAAUUAAUUUGAAUUCAAAAACAUAUUUAAUUGUUACAGGUUAUUGGAUUUAACAGCAAUGAUUAUAACAAUGAUAUAAAUAUGACAAACUUAGUUAAGAAAAUGUCUAUUUCAGCUGAUCAUAAACAUAUUGCUCUAUUAAAUAAUGAUAAUACAAUUUGGAUUGGAUCUUCAGAUUUAAGAAAAGUUUAUAGAAUUUAUAAAAAAUCUCCUACAAGUUCAAUUGAUCAGAUGGCUUGGUAUUUUUUUUUUUUUUAAACAAUGUUUUUAUAAAGACUAUAAAUACUAAGUAUCUUAACUUAUUAGUAAUUUAUGUAUAAUUUGAAUUUAAUUAGGUGCGGUUCAGAAGGUGUAGCAUUAUAUUUUAGAACUGAUGAGAUAAUAAUGAUAGUUGGAAAACUUGAGGAUCAAGUGUCGUUUAUCUAUACAGAUUCUGUUUGUUUGGUAUCAGAAAUAGAUUGUGUUAGAGUUAUAGGAACAUUUUCAAAUGAUAUGUUGCAAUUAGUACCUCCUUAUGUACAAGACAUCUUUCGUAUUAAUAGCACUAGUCCUAGUUCUUAUUUAGUUGAAGCUUCUAAACAAUUUGAAGUAAUUUGUAAAAAUCAAAAUUAAUCUAUUUGAUUUUAAAAUUAUUAUACAUUUAUUUUUAGAGAAGAAAUCAUAGAGCUAAUGAGUAUAUACAUUUAGUAAGUCAGCAGUUGGGAACCGCUGUAAAUUGUUGUAUUGAAGCUGCAGGGCAUGAAAUUGAUACAUCAACACAAAAAUUAUUGAUGAAAGUAAGUUUUAAUAUUGGUUAAUAGUUUAUUACUAAUGACUAAUUAGUAAUUUAUAAACAUUCUUCAAAUAAUAAUAAUAAUAGCAAUUUUAAUAGUCAGCUCAAUUUGGUAAAACAUUUCUACAAAAUUGGAAUCCAGAUCCAUAUCUUAAUAUGUGCAGAUUACUAAGAGUUCUAAAUGCUGUUCGAGAUCCAAAAAUUGGCAUUUCUAUAACAUAUCCCCAGUAAGUUUAAGAACAAUAUGUUAAUUUUUAUUAUAUGUUAAAAUUAUAAUUUAGGUAAUAGAUAUAUUUAUUAAAUAUUGAGUAUAUUAUACUAGUAGUGUAUAGUUUAAAGUAUUUUGCAUAUUUAAUUAUUAAAUAGUUAUUAUAAUUUUAUUCCUAAAAUAAAUUUUGGAUUUAUAAUAAAUUGUAGUGUUAUAGAGUAGUUAUAGUAUACAAAAGUAUAUCAUAAUUAAAUUGUCUUAGUAUGUGAGUAUGUGUAUUAUAGUAAAUAAUAGUUUAGGAUAUCAAUUUUUGAUUUUUAAAUAUGAAUAUAUAUAGAAGAAUAUAUUUUAAAUAUCUUUAAUAUUUAUUUAUUUUUAGAUUACAAAAAAUAUCGGAGCAAAAAUUAUUGGAUAAACUUCUUGGACAACGACAUUAUUAUUUAGCUUUACAAGCAUCGUCUUUUAUACGUAUAUCUAGCGAUUUAGGAUCUAGUCGUAUUUUAACUCAUUGGGCAAAAUUUAAAGUUAAUAUAAGAAUAACCAAGUAAUAUUUAAAUUUCAGUAAUCAUUAAACUGUUUUAAUUUAUAGGUGAAGCAAACACAAAUUGACAAAGAACAAUUAGCGAAUACAAUUGCUGAUAAACUUGGUAAAUUUUCUGGAGUUUCAUAUCAUAACAUUGCAGAAAUGGCAGCAAAUACCGGCAGAAUACAACUUGCUAUAAAAGUAUGUCCACAAUAUUCUGCAUAUAGGCAAUAAUCUGGGCAUUUUUUAAUUUUCCAUUUUAAAAUGCAAUGAUUAUGUUUAACAUUUUAAGUAUAAUAAUCUUAUUGUUAAUCCCCAUAAUAAUUAUUUUCCUACAUUCAAAAUUUAUAUUUUUAUUUAUUUCUUACUAUGUUAAGUACUAAUUAAUUGUCUACUUAUUAUUUUACAGCUUUUAGAUUAUGAAACACAAGUAAAUUUGCAAAUACCAUUAUUAUUGAAAUACCAACAAGAUAAUAUUGCUUUAAAAAAAGCUGUCGAAAGUGGAAAUACUGACCUUAUUUAUAUGGUUUUACUUCAUAUGCAAACUUCUAUGCCACUUGGAAAAUUCCAAGUUAGUUUACAAUUAAAAAUGGUUUUAUAAUUAAUUAUAACAAUAACUUAUUUUUUUCAUUUAUAGUAUAAGUUAUUACUUUGUCAGUCUAUAUACUCAAACAUAAACCAAAUAUUGACUAUUUAAUAUUCAUACUAUAUUUUGAGUGAUUUGUUAGUUUUUUUUUUUUUUUUUUUUUUUUUUUUUUUUUUGUAGAUGGAAAUAAAAAAAAGUUCUGUUGCUCAAGCACUAUUUAUAAAAUAUUGUCAUCAACAAUCAGGAUAUUCACUUUUGGAUAUGUACACUCAAGAAGAUGAUCAUGAGCAGUUAGCCCUCUAUCAUGUUACUGAAUCAAUUAAAUCAAAUGUAUCAAUAUACUUAAUAUUAAUUAAUUUAGUCAUAUUUAUUUAAUUUUUAAUAUGUAUAUUUUAGAAUACAAAGGAUAUAACAUCUUCAAUAAAUGAAGCUAUCAAUUGUUAUACAAGAAUGCGAGAUGAAUUUUCAUUAACCACUUGUGAAAGUCAAUUAAAGUUAAUAAGAUAUCAAAACAGUUUAGAAGAAAAAUUAAAAAACGAUUUUCGUAAUUUAACAUUGCACGAUACUCUUGUGAAAUUAUUAAAAAUAAAUGAACUGAAACUUGCUGAUAAAUUACGUUCAGAAUUCAAAGUUCCAGAAAGAAGGUAAAUGAUGCAUAUUUGAUAUUUAAUUAAAAUUGUAUUCAGUUAUUUUCUUAAAUUAUAUUAAUUAUUAUUAAAUGUUAAAUAUAAAAUUAUAAUUAAUAAACUAUUUGUUAGUGUUAUUAAACUUAAAACCAAAUAAGAAUUAUUGAUGUUAUAUAUUGGCAGGUUAGAUGACAGAGAUAAUAAUGAAAUAUGUCCACUAAAAUCCAUAUAACUUUAUUUAUAUACAGGUGUACUUAAUUUAAGGCACAAAUUAUUAUAAAAUGUCAAUUUUGUUUGUGAUUUGUAGAAUCCAAAUAUAUAAAAUAGAAUAUAAGAUUUAUUUAAAUUAAUUUUUAAACUUAACUAGGAUAAAUUAUACUAUUUAAAAUUUGUAUAAAUUUACUUUUAGAUAUUGGUGGGCACGGUUAACUGUAUUAUCAGAACUACAAGAUUGGAUUGAACUUGACAAACUAUCUAAAAUGAAAAAGUCACCAAUUGGAUAUGAAGUAAAAUAAAUAAUUUUAUUUAAUAAAUAUAUAUAGUGAAACUAACAAACAGUUAUAGGACCAUACAAAAUGUAUGUUAUAGACAGGUGUCCAUAAUAGGCAUUGGAGAAACAUUGCAAAGAAAAAAUUAAAAUGAACAGACAAAAAUGUACAAGUCUAUAAUAGCGAAGCGGUACAGAAUAUACACUGAAUAGUCUUAAUGUUUUAACAUGUUUUUGGUUAUUUUCGUUCUCGCAAUUAACUUUAUCCUUAUUAUCAAACAUGUAAUCUGUCAUAAUCAGUAUUUGAAAUAAGUCUCUGACGCUGUUGCAUGAUAUGGGUAUACACGGUCCACGUUUGCAAUAGAUUUAAUUUUGAACUAAAAUAGUUAUCCUUAAUCGAGAUAUUAAUGAAAAAUAUUACUGUCCGUGUCUGUAAUAGAAAAAGUUUGUUAUAGACUGGUUGAAAUACUUUGGAAUGCCUAUCUUUUGCCAUUGCCUUAUUAUUUUGACCUAAGAGAAGUGUUCGUUAUAUAUGAGUAUCCGUUAAGACAGGUUUCUCUAGUUUAGUAAAUUAUAUUACCAGGUGAUCCAUUUAAGUGGGUAAACUCAUUAUCUUGGAAAGUAUUAACUUUUUCCGAAAUUUGUUUUCUAGAAUAUUUCAGAAACAAGCUGUUCUACCAUUUUAUAUUUAUGUUAUUUUUUAUCACUCUUGUUUUUGGGAGUAAAACCACUACCUACUUUUGAUUUUAAAAUAACAACCUAUAUUAAAAAUUCCAUAAAUAAAUGGCGUAUUAGUUAAAAUAAAUUUUAGUGUUGACAUUUUUGAUAAUAUUGCUAUUUAAAAAUCAAAAGUAGGUAGUUUUCCUCCAAAAAUAAGAGUGACAAAAAAUAACAUAAAUAUAAAACGGUAGAACAGCUUGUUUCUUAAAUGUUCUAGAAAACUAAUUUCGCAAAAAGUUAAUACUUUCCAAGAUAAUGAGUACCUACUUAAAUUAAUCAUCUAGUAUAGUUAUUAGUAUAGUUAAUAAAUUUAAUUAAAGACUAUAGUAUUAACAUGUGUCUUUUUAAUUCAUUUUAGCCAUUUAUAGAUGCGUGUAUUAAACAUGGAAACAAAUAUGAAGCAUUAAAAUACUUACCAAAAAUAAGAGAUGAUCUUAAACAAAGUUAUAGCAAUAAAAUAUCUGCAAUGCCUUAAACUAUGUUGUUCCUAUCCAAAUUUUUUUAUUUACAAUUAUAAUUUGUUUUGGUAUACAAAGUGAGCCACCGUGUUUUUCUAUAUGAACAUUACAAAGCCUGAAACACAAAAAGUUCCUAACCCUAUGAGCAUGACCUAUUGACAACAAUUAAAAUCAUCAAUGGUAUUUCACCAAUCUAAAUGUAAUAUUAAUCACCAUACAUUAAUUUUAAUUUGUUUGUUAAAUUUAUUUUCAUACAUAAAUAAUGUAUAUAUUUAAAAAAAAAUCCAAUACAGUUUAUUUUACAAAUUUGAUAAAUUGCCUAUAAGUUGGCAAACAUUAUACUUUAUUAAUUUAUUAAUUUUGUGUAGUUAUGUAAUUUUUAGCAUAGGAAAACACCAACAACCACUUUCUGUAUACCACUGUAAAUUUUAUAUUAUUUAUAUUGUAAUCCUCU